CGACUCAGUACAGCUUGAGUCGUUACACCGAGAGGCCGCGUUGCGCGUUUGCUGUGCUUGUUCCUGUGCUGUGAGGUGUAAGCCACCCCCGGGGGUCUGUCUGUGGUUUCGUGCUGCAUUAUUGAUGCUAAGCGAGAGUUGAACAAGAAGAAAAACGCAAAGCCCCAAAGUGUAGUAAGUGUAGUGAGUGAACGUGAAAUAGGCAGCACGCAAAAAAAAGGCCACCCGUAGGCCCUUUCUAACUUGGCCCCGUCGCACCCGUUCGAGGUGUGCCCUUAAGUCGGUCGGCGGUUGUUUGGUGCAUUUACGUUAACGGCCGUUUAAAGACGGCUGAAGUGAUCGCGAAACCGUUGCAUAACUCAAACGCCCAGCAGUGCCUAGUAGUACGAAAGGGUUCGUCGCUUAGCCCGGGCAUCGAAAUCGUUCGAUCGAGCAUUGUGGAGGUGUGUGUGGCCAGUUGCCUCAGGGGAAGUGUAGGUGGCCUGUAUUCGUGUGUCAGUGUGCCGUGCAUUCAAUUGUGCCCAAAUCCCAAAUUUUGCCGAAACGAAGCUCCCGAGACUGGUGAUCUACGCUCCAAGUGGCGCAGUGGUAGUAAAGUUCAAAUACCGCCCGUGAUGAUGAUGAAGCUGAAGUUGCUGUACGCGCUGGCCAGCAUAGCGCUGACCGUGGCCAGCUGUGAAGCGAAAGCCACCCACAAGGUAACGUGUGCCGAUGAAACGAUGCACGUGGAUGUGGCCCUACCGUCGAACAACUUCUCCGACGAGUCCGUCUAUCUCGACGGUAUGAAGGGAUAUCCGGAUCCGAAAUGUAAGCCAACGAUACGGGAAAACCAGGCCGUGUUUGAGCUGUCCCUUACCAACAUCUACGAUUGUGGUGUUACGCGUGUGAUCAAUCAAAUUACGGGAAAGAAAGUGUUUUACCAUCGGAUCAUCGUGGAAGCAGGUCCGGAGAGUGGAAAGGAGAUUGUGAGCGUGAAAUGCAUCACCACCGGGCCUAGCUACAAUGUGACGCAUGGCAUCGUAAAGCGGGAUGUGCUGCCAGCAGGCUUCCAGGAACCGGAGGAUCUCGAAAUAACGACCUCCAUCACGGAAAAUGCCCCGGAACCGUCCCUCGGCAUUGCCAUCCGCCAGGGAGACAAGCUGGUGUCGGGCGACCUUAACGUGAGCCCCGGGGCCCAUCUGCAGAUGGAAAUUUUCCUCGACAACCGUUCCGCACCGAUUUACGGGCUGGGCGUAAACUAUAUGCUCGUCACCGACACCAAAUACCAGGAGGAAACGAUCAUUUUCAACGGCUGUUCGGUCGAUCCUUAUCUGUUCGAAAACUUCAACACCGUCGACGGUGAUCUGCUGGAGGCAAAGUUCCGGGCCUUCAAGUUUCCCGAAUCGACGUACGUACAGUUCCGCGGCACGGUUAACGUGUGCGUCGAUCGGUGCAAGGGUGUGAUCUGCAGCAACGGACAGACCGCUUUCGGGCGUCGCAGGCGCGAGAUCAGCGCGACACCGGCCGACCCGAACAAGGUGUACGAAGUCACCAUGACCACCUUCAUCAAGGUGAACUACGACGAGAAUGCAGAUCAAAACACCGUGUCGGAGAUUGAUCAGAAAAUCCGUCAGCUGAAGCUCACCAACCAGAAGCUCGCCCGUAACAGCCGGGCCGGGAAUGUUUUCGAAAGCAUCCACAAUGUGCCAGCGCGGACGGCGGAUGUAGAGCAACCGGUGGAAUCCACCGUACCACCGCUCGACAACGACAGCGCCAAGGUCGAGGAAACGAUCGUGUUCCGGGAGGUGAUCACCCGACAGGAGGAGGACUCCUUCAUGGCCGGCAACAGUGGGUCCCGGCGGAAGGGUUGGCCGUCCGCCCUAUUCGUACUCUGCUCGAUCGUUCUGGGGAUCGUUCGCCAUUGAAAGUUCACGAUUUCUCUCACGCGCUGAGCAGGAUCUCUCACGCACAAACGCACAAACAAAAUAAACAAACCGGAACACCAUACUGCAACCGGGGACUCGGGCCGUGCUCGGCGGACUGAAGUGGAAGUGGGGCCGCGCAUUUCCUCACUCUGCCAUUUACUUCCACUUUGGCCAUCGUCGACCGUGGCCUGUCCCGCUGCACUUGGUCACGCGAGAUAUCAAGCGGAAAAGCUUUUAGGUGAUGUCCCGGGGGACUUGUUUUAUGGGGGAAUCUGCGUACAAGUUGUAAAUAUUUGAUUCAGCGAGAAGGACAAAAACGAAACGAAUCAUCUCGAAAUUGGGUAGAAACUGUAGCCGAGAAGCAAGUGGGAGUAGGUCCGAACGGUUUCAAGAUUUUAGAUGCGGCUUUACCCCCUUUCUUUUUGUAAUUUUAAACAAGCUCGCUUUUGCCUAACAAAGAAAGCAAGAUGAUGAAACGAUGAACAAAUUAGUUACUAAUAAGCACUGCUUGAUACUACUAAUUGCUGCAUUGAGAGAGAGAGAGUUUCAAAUGUUUAAGUGCUACAUUAAGCGAACUAAUUCUUUUACUUGAAUAUUAGGCGACAGAAAGUCAAAAAAAAACAGAUGAGUAGAUUAGGAUCAACAAACACGGAGAUGAACAUUAGUCUGCGACUCUCGAAAUGGUGGCCGAACGAAGUGGGAUCGAGAAUUCAGAAUUCAGGAUAACAAAAAUGGUCUACAGUCCUGUCCAAGGAUCGUCGGCAAGAUGGCGCGCUAGCGCAGGCGCAGCUCUAGCCGCAGUAAGAUAAGAUUAUGCUAGUCUAAUUACUGUUUAAUUGAGCGAAAAGUACUGACGGCAAGAGGACAACGCUAGCGAGUAGUAGCGAGUAGUAACUUCAAAGGUUCAGGCCAGGGCAAUGUCGGAUGUUCGAUAGAAGCCUGCUUCCGCAUUGGCUAAUGCUUUCACUGGCACACUAACGGCAGAGAGAAAGAAAGUGCUGAUAGUAAAAUUAAACGAAGCAGAAAAUUUUUAGGCUAGGAACGGCUCAGCGAGAACAAAACAAAAAAAUGGCGGUAAAUUGAAACAACAUUAAUAGCAUUAACGACGAACAGCCAGCAGCAAUAAUUGUGUGACACAAUGUGCGAAAUUAAGUAACGCUAGGAAAUAAAUCUAACCAUAAAACUAAAGCGUUCUGUAGAUUCCCAGAUGUCUCAGCACACUCACAUACGCCUCUGAGACGAUACGGCUCUGUCCAAAAAUUGACCAAACCCUAUUAGCUGUGUUUGAGAUUUCUAACGAGAUGCGCCGAAGGAUUUUUGGCCCCGACGAGCUAUAGAAGCUGUACGAUGAUUUCACCAUCCGGUGGGCUGGUCACGUCAUGAGCAUCACACCGAACGACCCAGCCCUUAAAAUCCUUUUAGGCCGUCCACACGGACAGAGUAGGCCGGGAUAAUCGAUGUAGCAGACGAAGGCUCUGGAUCGUUGUUGCGCCGGUUAAGUAAGUAAGUGUAAAGCUCCCCGUGUCCGUGUUCUUUGCAAUUGUCUUGAGAAACUUCCGUCCCGUUUGCACUGUUACGUUUACAAGUUUGUUUUUUUUUUUUAUUCAAUAUUGAAACUUUUGUUAGACAAAAAUCGUACAUACAAACACACUCCACCGUCGAAAAAAUGCAAUCUCUUUUUGUACGCUUCUUCUUCUGUGUGUACUUUUUUGUUGCGUAGCAGUGGGUAAACCAAACUAAACUAAGCAUUGAUUAAGUGAUGAAAGUAGUCUCCAGUUUUAGAUGGAGACUAAA